AUGGAUCUGAACAUCUUCAUUGUUCUUUUUACUCUUUUCACUGGAGGACACUCGCUGAUUUGCUACGAGUGUGACAGUGUGACUAGUUCUUGUAUAGGCAAACGGGUGUUGUGUCCUUCUGGAACUAAAUGUGCAAGUCUAACAUCCUCCAUGAAUAUUUUUGGCAACACUAUGACGAAGAAGAAAGUUAAGGGUUGUGCAGAGCCACAGAACUGUGAAAGUGGAUCCGUUAACUUUGGCAAUGUAAGGUCCAAAGUAUCUGUGCAAUGCUGUAACAACUUUCUCUGUAAUUUCAGAGAUGUCCCAGAUUACACCUCCGACAGACCAAACGGAAAACAAUGUUACAGCUGUGAUGGAACCAGUUGCUUUAACAAAUUAAACUGUUUAGGAACUGAAGACCACUGCAUUACAGCAAUAGAAACUUCUUGGGGUCAGUCGACGACUAUAAAAGGAUGUGCCUCUAAAUUAAUGUGUGAAGCGGAUCAACAUUUAAUGCAUGUCUCAUGCUGUCAGGGAAAUCUGUGCAACACUGAAGAAAAUCUACAUGACAGUGAGGAGAACCUGGAUAUUAAAGAGGACAAUCUGUGGGACAGUGAGGAGAAUCACGAUACUAAAGAAGUCCAUCUGUGGGACAAUGGGGAGAAACUGAGUAAAAAAGAGAACCUGAGUGACCAUGAGGUACAACUGGGUAAUGGAGAGAAUCAGAGUGACCACAAGGAGCAAGCGUAUAACAGUGAGAUAAAUCACCGUUACAGUGAGAGAAAUUUACGUAAUAGUGCUAAGAGCAUCACUCAGACCCUCCUCUUCCUCUUCGGGCCUUUCCUCUCCUACAUAAUUUACCAUUGAAUUCAGCAGAACUUCAUAUAUGAAAUGUGAUUGUGAUCAACUCCAUACUGUAUAUUUUUGUGGGACUACAAAUUGUGUUCUGUUCUUAUAAUAUAACAGUAUAUUUCUGCAACAAGAGAUGUUUUCAUUGAAGUGUUCUGUAUAUGUACUUGUGUGUUUUAAAUUUCUGUUUACCUGCUGAGGGACUGGAAAUGAGCCUCUUGGCCAAAUAUGGUACGCAUG